UUACUGUUCUGGAGGCAAUAACAGGCCCCCCAGGAAAGGAGACAGCUGCCUGGAUGAAAGUAAAGAAAGCGCUGCAGCGUAUAGAUGAAGGAGUGGUGCCCUACAAGGUGUAUGAGCAGCUCAAUGCGCAGUUCGCGCAGUAUGCAGAGCUAAUAGAGAAAACUAUUCUAGCUAACAUCUCUGCAGUUAGCCUAAGAGCUGUUGCUCUUGUUGUCUGCGGCCUUUGGGCAAAGGAAGGAGAUGACUUCUUAGACCUUUCAAGCCCUACGCCUAACCCCAGAGUACACUUGCUUCUCAGACUCCUCCUAGGCACACAGGGAGUUGCAGAAGAAGCAACGAAGAUGGUUUUGAAUGCAUUAGGCAAACACCCAAACGUUAAACUAUACGUCGGCAGUGUUACACUUAUUGCAUAUCUUAAACCAGACGGCUCUGUCUCUCCUGUCUUCGCUAACCCAAAGGGCUUAGAUUCCCCUACUCUGUCUCCUUCUUCUUUAAAAAGUGUAUUUAUAAGGAUUGGCGCACGCAAUGCUGACCCCUUAGCCCCUAUUAAAGCAGCAGCAAGCUUGAUGCAGCCUAUACACCUCGCUAAAACUCAAGACUCUAAUCUUAAGAAUGGUAUAGCAGCCGGGGAGGUUCUCUUAUCUCGUUUUGCUGCUGAGUUCCACUGCGACAGCGUUGCUAUCAGACAUCAUGGCAGCUCCAACAUAGAAGUUGAGCUACGCUGUGCCUUCUCUCAAGACAUGUUUGCUCUGCAGCGUAUCCUUAAUGCAGCAGCAUCUCACAGCGUAAUGCGCAGGAUUAAAAGGAUUGUUAAAGUAGCUGGACGCUCACUCAAAAGAUUGCUGAGGCGCAGCCAUAGUGGCGAACCCAUCGCCGGAUUGUCUGUGGAGGAGUUGGCGCUGACUAGAGCAAGUGUGACUGUGCGUGGGCAGCGUUUUGAUGACUGGCCGUUGAUAGUGGAGUCAAGAACAGGUGUCUCCGCGCGUGAUUUGGGGCUUCUGACUAGGCAUGAUUACCCUGCUGCUGCUGUCUCCUCUGCAGUAGAUUUAUAUGCUUUAAAAGAUGUUGGGGAGACAGUUGCAGUAGCUACGGACUUUGAUGAUACAUGCGUGGCGAGCGGAGGCUGGAGGAUCAAAGGGACAGGAGCCUACUUAGGCGGCGUAGAUUCUACUUAUCCUCGAGGCACUUCUUAUCCUGGCUUUGGAGGUUUAUUAUAUUUACUGUCUCAGGGGAGACAUACCAGCGGCACCGGCAGCAGCAGCAGCAGCAGCAGGAGAAAGAGACCCCCGCUGCCUCCGCUGCUGCCAGUUGUCUUGGCUUCUGCUCGUCCUUCCCUACCUAUUCUAUUCAGGCCUAGGAGUCUCUAUAGGCAUAUUGCUGCUAGUUUUACGCAAGAAGCAUUUCUAUUAGGAGCAGACAAGCCUAAAGGGAUCCCGCGAGUUAAAUACGAAAAUAAAAUGAAUCUCCUUUAUGCUGUUUUAACUGGUGGGUCUUAUCUUUAUUUAUAG